UGACUGUCCUGGCUAUUUUCCAUGAACUCCAUGUUGACACAGAUCUCUACACACUCCUUUUUGGCGAGAGUGUCCUAAAUGAUGCUGUGGCUAUAGUUCUCACAUACUCAAUAUCAAUUUACAGCCCCAAGGAGAACCCCAAUACUUUUGAUGCUGCUGCCUUCUUCCAGUCAGUGGGGAAUUUUCUCGGGAUCUUUGCUGGAUCAUUCGCUAUGGGGUCUGCCUACGCCAUUGUCACUGCUUUAUUGACCAAGUUUACCAAGCUGUGCGAAUUUCCUAUGUUGGAAACAGGUCUCUUUUUCCUUUUGUCUUGGAGUGCCUUCUUGUCUGCAGAAGCUGCUGGUCUCACAGGAAUAGUGGCAGUCCUUUUUUGUGGAGUCACACAGGCCCAUUAUACAUACAACAAUCUGUCAGCAGACUCCAAAAUGAGAACUAAACAGAUGUUUGAGUUCAUGAACUUCUUGGCUGAGAAUGUUAUCUUUUGCUACAUGGGAUUAGCACUGUUUACUUUCCAGAAUCACAUCUUCAAUGCACUGUUUAUAUUUGGUGCAUUUGUGGCAGUUUUCAUAGCAAGAGCUUGCAACAUAUACCCACUUUCCUUCAUUCUCAACUUGGGCCGAAAACAAAAGAUUCCCAGGAAUUUUCAGCAUAUGAUGAUGUUCUCAG